CAUGCAUUCAUUGAUUGAGCUCUUGUGAAACUCCUCGUGCUUUCUGUCAGCACCUACCUACUUACGUGCUCUCUUCCUAUCUAUCGUCUGUAUCCAGCCCCUAAUCCGCCCUUCCGUCAUAUCUCAUAUCGUCAACAUGCCUCCUCCGUCCUGGCAGAAGCAUGAGGUUGAACCGCCCGAGCAUAUUACCUCCGAAGCCGUCCGGGGUUUCCUCACGGGUGCAUUCCGAUUUGGCUCCGUCUCGAUCAUCGCGCAUAUGAUCAUGAUCCUCCCUCAUCCCUUCAAAUUUUCCCCGGCCUCGUCCGCACCAGUCCCGUCGCAUGCACCUCAAGCGAAACAGUCGCCUUUCUCGAAAGAGUUCCUACGAUCCCGACUGUUCCAUCGUCCCCUGGAAGGUUUCUCUGAAUGGCUGUCUCCGGCCUCGCGCAUCUAUCGCGGAUUAACACCACAGUUCAAGGUUUUCCUGCAGAUCGGGGCCAUGACGCUCGGUGGAUACAUCUGGGCUGAGAAGCGGGUAGACGAAUAUAUCAAAUUCGUGCGCAAGGUGAAACGGGCGGAGAAGCUUCAAGCCGAAAGAGCUGCCAAGGGCCUCGACUAGGUUGGUACGUUUCGGUCCCAAUUGAGAAUCAGUGCAAAGAAAAAGCUAGGACGCCCGAUUCCAUUGCCACGGCAGUAGUCAGAACAAAGAUAGAAUUCGACCCUCUAGACUGACUGACUCCCAUCGGCAGCAUAGCCACUUGAUAUCUUCUCUCGUCGUCUAGAGCCACACUUCUUCGGCAAUUUUCAUCCAAACCUACUUACCAUCCGCGAACUACCGUGUAUGAAGGGUCCUUUGCACAACGUUUCCACCCAACCUGGAACACGCUACCGGACAGCAGCGGCGGGAUCGUUCAGCCACCAGGGUCCAGCCGAUAGAAGGAGGAAAGUCGUGUAGCAGCCAAGGGACCUACCGACAUAAUCGACCGUCUGACCUGCCAUUGUUGUGGAGAGCCGGGAGGAAUCCUCGGGUACGCGAGCCGGCCUGUGGUGUACAUCUGUACGGAGUAGAUCUCGAGUUAAAAUGAGAGGAGCCCGAUUCAGGGGUAGAAUACGAUCC